ACGCGACUAUCCCACCAGUUGCUCGCCAUCCACGUGCGCGCUCUGCUCCUCUGCUCCACGUUCAGACGCCGUGCUGCACCCGCGGGGUUCACGCCCUGCCGUGACUUCAAGCAUUGCCCCCGCUCCCUCUCGUUCGCCCUCGGCUCGCGUUAGGGUUGCGUCGCAGUACCUCCGGCUACUACAGCGCGCCCAGCUGGCUCCACUCCACGCGCAUCAUCUCGUGCCAAACCCCUCCCUUGCGCUCACGCCUCCUCAGGCUGACGCCUCUAAGCGCCGGCCCUCAGCGGCGCCUCGUCGCAUCCCGUCGCUGCACUGCCCUCGUCGCCCUCGUCACCUCCAGCUUCGAGGCGUGUGGAGGAGGGGGCGGCGUUGGACGGCGUGGCAAGGCGGAUGGUGCCGCACCAGCCCCUGCGCGCCAUGCACCCAGCGCCGCCGCACACGAGCGGUGUGGCAAGGCGCAGCAGCAGCAGCGGCGGUGGUGGCAAGGCAGUGAGGGAUGAGACGAGGGCGCUUGCGACCACAGGCGACGCGCGGCCGUCGUCAAUGGCACCGCACCCGCCACACGCAGCCGCAGCAGCUGCCGCUGCUGCGGCGUUGGCUGGGCCAGCCUUGCCCGCAGGAACGAUGGCCGUUCUAGAAAAAGCCCUUAGUGCACGUGCGCCUCACGCUGCUGCUGCUGCCAAUGCCGGUGCUGCGAGGCGGUGGAUGGGUGAGUCGAGUGCACCGCCUGCCGCCUGGGGACGCGAGGGCGUGUGGAUGCAGCAGGUGGCGCAGGGCGAGGGGCGGGUGGCGCCUCAAGUCAUGGUCAGGGGCGCGCUGGUGAAGGUGGGCAGCGCGGGGGGCUUCGCCACGCGCUACCUCUCGCAACCUCCCCACAGCGGCGGGAAAGAUCAGCUGGGGGCGCUGGGAAUACCGGGGGCAAGGGGCUGUGGUGUGGAGGGAGCAGGGAUGGGUGCGAGGUGCGGUGCAGGGCGGGCGAUGCCGUGGGCGGAGGGUGGUGGCCGUGCGCCCAUGCACGAGGGGAGAGCGGCGGAUGCUGCUGCUGCUACUGACCAUACGGGGGCAGCCACCGACGGUGGUGAUGCUGCUGGCCGCACUGGUGGGUGCGGUAGCAUGCCAGGCCACGCGGCAAGAGAGGUGGACAUGGCAGGGCAGGGGCAGUUGAGUGAGCGGCAUGCGGCGGGUGUGGAGAGCAUUCUGGUGCGGCUGCUGAAGAAGCAGCUGCUCUCGCUGGCUGAAGCCAUCGCCACUCAUGAUGAUCUGCGGGCGCGCUUCCUGCUGCAGCACGUGGGGCAGGAGGCGGACCCCCUGGGCUCGCCCAUGCAGCGCGCCGCCUUCCACUUCGUGCGCGCACUCUCCGCGCGGGCCACGGGCACAGGCCACGUGCUGCAGGGGGCGACGAUGGAGCAGGAGCUCAGCGGUGCCCUGCCGUGUGUGCUGGGCGCGCCGGCCCUGCGCGACUUCCUCUGCUGUGCUGCCACCCACGCCCUGCACCAUGCGCUCCUGCCCGCCCUCUCACGCCACCACUCCAACACACAAGCUGCUGCUGGGGACCAUGCUGCUGAAGCUUGUGCUGCUGACGCUGCUGCUGGUGACAAUGUGGUGGUGGGAGUGGCAAGGAGGGGAGGGCAGUGCAGCAUGGAGAGAGACGGCACGGUGGGGCGAGUGGUGUUGCAGGGGGAGCAGGAGUGGCAGGGGAGCACCACAGAGGACAACGACGAGGGGAGGGCGAGGAGUGUAGGAGAGAGUGAGGUAGGGGAGGGCGCAGAGAGGGAGGGGAGCAGUCUUAGGGACGAUGGCACACGCGCAGCACUUGGUGAUCCGGUUGCUGCUGCGGCUGGUGCGGGCGAGGCUGCAGGAGACGGCGGUGCGGGGAUGAGUGGGAGCACAGGGCGCUUUCCGCUCCCUCCGCCGCCUGAGCUGGUAAAGCAAGUGCAAGCAGCAGCGCGCGCCCUGGGGCUGCGCGUGGCGGUGCGCGUGGUGCGCGUGGGCGUGCAGGGGGUGACAAGGGCGGCGCUGGGCGUGCGUGAGGGCGAGGUGGUGCUGGUGCGUGCGGCGCUGCUGCUGCAGCAGCUGUGCGACGCAUCCGUCAUCCGAGCCAACCCGCGGGACUCGCUGCUGCAGGCCAUCCACGCCCUGCGCCCGCUGCUCGUGGUGGUGACGGAGCAGGAGGCGGGCCUCAACUCGCCCUUCUUCCUCACGCGCUUUCAAGCCGCGCUGGACCACUACUCCGCGUGGUUUGACUGCCUGGCCGCGCCCUGCUGCCCGCUGUCUGACGCACAGCGCAGCGCAGUGGAGGCGCGCGUGCUUGGGGCAGAUAUCGCCAACAUCGUGGCAUGCGAGGGCAUCAACCGCCUCACGCGCCCCGAGCCAGCGCACGCCUGGCACGCGCGCGCCACGCGCCUGGGCUUUGAGGUGGUGGCCAUGGGGGAGGAGGCGGUGGAAGGCGCUGCAGCGGCCAUGGGGGCAAGCCGUGAGGGGUUGAGGGUGGAGGUGAGGCAUGGCGUGGCUGUGCUGGAGUGGAAGGGGUGCCCCCUGCUGACGUCGUUCAUGCUGCAGCCCAGUGCAGGCACCACCACGGAUUCUGUUUGAUCUCCCAGAACUACCUCUUGUAACGUACGAUGAGAGAAUCCGUCCAAGGCAUUGUGUUGUGGACAGUCCAACUAAGCAAGCCUUGUAGCCAGCUAAUGCACGUACUG